CGCCCAUUUGCUGCUGCUGCUGAGUGGCUGGCAUCACAACUAUUUUGCUGAAUGCUGGCUCACAUCGUAGAUCACGCUUGUAUUCACGUUACGGAACAGCUGGUUUGUGAAAACCAGUGAAUACAGACAGAAUGAAGAGAAAGUCUGCAGACAUAUCAUCCUUCAGUCAGAAGUUGAACAGCAAUAAGCCAAAUGAAACGGAGCGGAGUGUUGUUAAGACAGAAGAGAGAGAACAUGAUGAGGCAGACUCAAAGAGUGAGAUUGAGUUUCCGUCAGUGAGCACUGGCCCGAGUGGACCUCCAGGCAUUUCCCAAAUUAAUGGACCUCAGCUAGAGCAACAGGCAGACUCAAAGAUCACACAAGAGGAGACCUUAGUGAGCAUUGGCCCAAGUGGACCGUCAGACAUUUCCAAAUCUAGAGGAGAUGGACCUAUGCAGCCACACCUGAAACUCUUCCCCAGGACACUCCAAGGUAGGUGUCUUAAAAACAGAAAAUGGCAACUCCAGUCAACAUCCAAAACCCCAGUAAAACCUGGGAGCUGAGCUUAUAUGAGCUGCACAGGAGCCCACAGGAGGCGAUCAUCGACAGCACAGAGAUCGCAGUGUCCCCCAGGAGCCUCCACAGUGAGCUUAUGUGCCCCAUCUGUCUGGACAUGCUGAAGAACACCAUGACAACCAAGGAGUGCCUGCACCGCUUCUGCUCCGACUGCAUCGUCACGGCUCUCCGAUCUGGUAACAAGGAGUGCCCGACGUGCCGAAAGAAGCUGGUGUCCAGGCGCUCGCUGCGCCGCGACUCCAACUUCGACGCCCUCAUCUCCAAGAUCUACCCGAGCCGGGACGAAUACGAGGCCCACCAGGACCGGGUGCUGGAGAGACUCAGCCAGCUGCACAACAAGCAGGCCCUCAGCUCCAGCAUCGAGGAGGGACUCCGCAUGCAGGCGCUGCACAGACCCCUCAGAGCCCAGCGGGUGCGCAAACCGGCGCAAGAGAGCGACAACACCACAUUCAGCGGCGGCGAGGAAAACGGGGACGCACGCUCGCACCUCUCGCACGACUCGGCGCCCUCCCACGCGCCCCUCCCGCCAAGCCACACGCCGUCCGAGGCGGGGCCCAGCCGGAACCCCAAGCGGCCCAGGGUGUCGGACGAGUCGGGCCCGGAGGCGGACAGAGGCAGUCCCACGCCCCCUCUCAGGCGCCACAAAGAAGGACCCGGCUCGGAGAUAGAGCUUGUGUUCCGCCCACACCCCCUGCUGGUCAACACGCAGGACUACAGUCAGACCAGGUAUGUGAAGACCACAGCCAACGCCACAGUGGACCACCUGUCUAAGUACCUGGCUCUGCGCAUCGCCCUGGAGGAGAGGCAGAGAGACACCCAGCCAGACGCAGUUGAGAAGGGGAAGGAUGGAGGCGAGGCGGGGGCCAAAGGAGAGGAGGCGGCAGGAGAGGGACCCAGCCUGAAGAACGUCAGCGAGAAACAGUACACCAUCUACAUCACCACGUCAGGGGGACAGUUCUCUACUCUGAACGGCUCCCUGACGCUGGAGCUGGUGAACGAGAAGUAUUGGAAGGUCAGAAAGCCCCUGGAGUUAUACUACGCCCCCACCAAGGACCAACAGCCUCAGCCUGCCCAGCCGCCACAACAGAAGUCCCCCCAGCCCAAAGAGGGGUGAAGACGAGUCCUGCAUCUUCAGCCUUCAACAACCCCGUCACUGACUAGCAACUGAUUAUUUGAGACUUCUAGAUCUUUCUGUGUGCUGAGUGUAGCAGUUAAGAUAGUUAUGGGAAACAUUCCAUAUAUAGGUCUCAACAUAGUCCUUUCCUGUUUUCCUGUUUUCUCCCCCCUUCGUAGCUUUAAAUCAGACCUGUUUUAUCUCCAAGAGUGAUUUUGAAGGUUAUUUAUAGAGUUCUUACACAUUUGGGUCCGGUUUUCCCAAAAGCAUGAACUUUUACAACCUUCGUAGGAACGUUGCUACUGUGAGCUGUUUCUAAGAAAAAAAACAAAUUGCUGAAGUUGAACCUAAACAGUACCUGGACCACCCGUAGAACAGUUCCGUGUGUCACUGUAGCCUCCUUGCCCUUCUGCGUGACUUUAUAUACCGAAGAUUUCAGAUGGCCAUAGAAUCAAGACGUUUGUCCGUCUCUGAGAUCACUUCUCGCCAUUCUUACAGGAGAAGUGAUAAAAAGGUGCUUGAAACGAAACCAGAGACAUCUGUCUUCAGUGAAAGAUACUACAGCACAGGAUAUUGGCUACUAAGACCUACUGUAUAUAGUUUAAUCAUAUUGAAAGCAAUGCAAUUAUUUGCUUCCUAUAUUUAAUGUCUAUCAAUAGGUUGAUGUAGCUUAGCAUUAGAAUAGAUAUCCUCAGUAUUAGCAGCCCUAGACGGUAAAGGCAGUCUAGGACCUAGAAGCUCAAUGUCAUUGGACAUGGCUUCAUUUAAAUGCCCUCGGUAUCGCAUGCCUCAACGAUGCAGUUGACAGACUUUAUCUCUGUGGGUUUUGGGAAGCACAGGAGAGGUUUUUCAGCAGCGGUAUGAAGGACGCUUCAUUAACACACUUGGGAGUCUUAGCCCAGGUUACUUUGAUCCUUAUUCGUUUUCCUUCAAUCGAAAAUGUUAUCCGACUCAUGCGCACCAGCAACCCCCAGGCUCGCGUAGUCCACAGCCGGCAAUCCCAUUGCAUUGUUCCUUCUGACCUUUAAACCACCAAGUAUUGAUGCUUGUCGUUACGUGACGUAAUGUCGCUGGCACAUCGUUGACACCUACUUGAUUUUACAUUGAAAAAUGUUUUGUGGAGAUGAACCUAGUUUGACUGGAGAUGACCUCUGGUUAUAAAGGAUGGUUGAAUUGAAGAUUAUGCAAGAAUAUACUGCUAUACAGCGGUAGUAGAUGAUUAGAACUUUUCUAUUCUGAAUAUGGCUUGCUUUGAAAUUAGAUUGUGACUAUAUAAAUCUAUUAUUUAAUUUCUCUUUGAAGAUGUGACUGAAGCACAAUGCCGCCUUCAGAGGAUGUCUGUAGCAACAGCUGUUCUGGCUAAUGAGUUAUUCUGACUUUGACACACUUGCUGAGAUUUAAAAGGCACUAAUUAGAUUUUUGUCAAAGUAAAACUGGGCUGCCAGUUUAAAGUCAUAGCGGAUUUUUCCACGUGGCUUUUUCCUAAAAGUAGCCUCAUCAUAGCUUUCACUCACUUUUAUCAAGUUAUACCUGAUGCACUUUAUAUGUUCUGCUGGCAUAAUGGGUUUUCUUACCUGUUUUUUGUAUUCUCUUUCUAAAAUGUAAGGCAAUGUAACUCACUUGGAACUAUGACUCAGCUAAUGUUUGUAUAUAUUGCUUUUCCUCUUGAUGUUUCAGAGCCUUAUGACCCAUUCAGCACAAUAAACCGCAAGGAUGGCAUUGGUAUAAAAUGGAUGUCGUGUGAUUAA